UUGCCCGCCGGGAUUUGAAGGCGCGGCGAGGGGCGACGGCGUGCGCAUGCGCGGGGGAGGCAGCCGCUCCUUCCCCCGCCCCUCCCUCCAUGGACGUCGCGCGUGGGGCGGCUCGCGGAAUUGGCGAAAGAAAAUCUUGCUUCUUAUGAAAUACCCAUCACGUUUUAAGAUACAAGUCAGUAAACCCAACCAAUAGCUAAUGUCAUCAGAAACGCCAGCAGAAAGUCCAGAGGUGCCAACAGAAAACACCAUGCCCCCUGACAUUUCUGUUGUGGAAGGAAAGGUGAAGUCUAGUGAUGGUCAAAUAGACAGACAGGUGGAAGGCUCAGAUGAGGUAGAAUGUCCCGAGUCCCUGUCCAAGAGGCAAAGGAAGAAACUACUGAAGCAGAAACAGUGGGAAGAACAGAAGGAUCUACGUAGGCAGAAACGAAAAGAAAAACGCCAGAAGAGAAAAUUAGAACGUCAGUCAAAAUUGGACUCCAAUAAUGAAGGGAGUGGCAGAAAGCGUAUGCGAAGGGAAGUUGUUCCCAGUACGCUUCGCCUCAUUGUGGACUGCAGCUUCGAUGACUUAAUGGUGCUCAAGGAUGUUAAGAAGCUUCACAAGCAAAUUCAGAGAUGUUACGCAGAAAACCGCAAAGCAUUCCAUCCUGUGCAGUUUUACUUGACGAGCCAUGGCGGACAGCUGAAGAGCAACAUGAAUGAAAACGACAAAGGAUGGGUGAACUGGAAGGAUAUCCAAAUUAGAACAGAGCAUUACAGUGAGCUAAUAAAGAAAGAAGACCUAGUAUAUCUUACCUCAGAUUCCCCAGAUGUUCUCAGCGAGCUUGAUGAGAAGAAAGCAUAUGUGAUUGGAGGACUGGUGGAUCACAAUCACCACAAGGGAAUUACUUACAGAAAAGCUGUAGAGCAGGGAAUUGGUCAUGCACAGCUCCCCCUUGGAAACUUUGUGAAGAUGAACAGUCGGAAAGUGUUAGCAGUCAAUCAUGUGUUUGAAAUCAUCCUUGCGUACCUGGAGAAGAGAGACUGGAAGGAGGCCUUUUUCAGCGUCUUGCCACAGCGGAAAGGCGCUGUUCCUCUGGGAGAAGCCAACGAUUCAUCCACACAUGCCCUGUCUGAAAAAGAAGGUGAAGACAAUGACUCCGACAGCAACUAGCCUUCAGAGUGAGAAGAUGGGAAAGAUGAGACAUGCAGUUCACGGGAUGACGCUGGGACGUGAAGUAGUUAAGCUCUGAAGAUCAUCUGCUGCCCUUGCGAUACUGAAUUGUCUCAAUGCUCAGUAGUUGGCUUAGAGCUGUUCCUGGACAGAAAGGGUAAAGACACGUGCAGUUCUUACCCUGAAACUUCCAUAUUAAGAGCUUUUAAAAAAAUAAAUGAAUGGCAAAUGCAGAAUUUAUUUCGUUUCCCAAGGAAGCUUAUUUUAUUUAUUUUCAUUUUACGGUUUGUUUGUUUUUUUUUUUUUUUAUACUUACAAAGUUGGGUGUAUUACCCAAAAGAACAAGUAGUUACUAUUUUAAUGUGUGUACUCUUCAUAUCAAUUCUAAGGUUUCUUAAAAGCAGUGCAUGACAAAUAUUCCUGUGACCUCAAAACCUGUACCACUAGUGCCUGUUGCAAAGUGUGCAUGAAUGUUUAAAAAAAAAAAAAAAAAGUUCUAAGUUUCCUGAGCAUCUCAACAGAUGGUAACAAGCAACUGAGCUGCCUUUGUCUGCCGGGCCGCUCUCACUUAUACAUCUGCAUCUAGUUAGUUGGGGUCAGAAGAUGAAACACAAGUUGGGGGUUAAGCCAGUGGUUAAUGCUUCAGUUUGAGUGGGAUGGAUGUCUGCACAAGUGCAAAUCAUGCACCUUGCUUGGUACCUGGUGUGUGGUGAGUUGAGGUGAUGCAAUCACUUUUGAUGAUUUAUUGAUCACCUUAGCAAAAUUUAACCUGCAGUGUCAGAAUAUACCAGGAGGCAGGAACUUCUAGUUACAAGUCCUUGCUCUUCAGCUUCAGUAUACCUGUUCUGUCCCAUGAUCAUGUAUUAACUGGAGUGUCUGUCAAAUACUUUUUCUUUAAAAAAAAUAAAAAGUCAUAGUUUGUCUUAA